CAAAUAUAUAAUAAUUUAAAUAUGGAAGCAUCCAACAUGAGUACCCAGGUUUCUGAGAAUUAUGGGACUAAGCUGGAAAUUCAGAAGUUCUGAAAACAGAUCAAAGCUUUCUUUGAAUCAGUUGAGACAGAUAUUUAAAACCUCCGCAUAUUAGUGGCUUCCUUUAUAGAGAAGAUCAAGACAGUCCUGACCAAGAAUAAUCCUGUUGAAAUCAUAGAGGAAUUCGACAAAUGGAUCAAGUUCUUCACGACGGAAAAAUAGAAGAUUAAUGAAGUUCCCAUUCCCUCUGAUAGAAUACAUAAAGAAGAAGACAGGCUAUGAAAUUAUGGUAAAUGACAAAACUCCACAGAAUUAUCAUGGCUAUGGAUGGGAUAGCAAAAAUGUUAUUAACACCAGACAAAUAUUUACCAAUAUUUUUGAGUCAGAAGCACAUGCGAUGAACAAAAUAGACCACCCUAUGUAUUUCAGGAGGAGGUUUUUAAAGAGCAAAUUGAUAAAUGAAGAAGUGAAUGAACUUAGAAAUGACGAAUCCUCCCAGAAAAAUCAAGACUACAUUCAAAAGUUCUUUAACAACUGCUUAUAUGAGAAUGGAAUCCUAAAUUGUGACAAAGUUAUUUCUAUUCUCAAUGCUAUUCCUGAAAAUCAGUUUAAAUAUAAGUUCUCAAAGGAUCUUUUGAAUGGCCCAUGGUUAAUAAUGUAUGUAAAGAAGAAGAUAGUAUUCACUAUCAGGCUUAACAUGAAGAUGACUGUCCCUAAGUGAAUAUGAGUCUCUUCCUUUAAUGAGACUACCAAGACUGGCAAUGUUCUACCUCCAGAAGCAAAGUCUAAAUACAAGUUCUUUAAAAGUAUCAACAACUAUGCUAUUCACGCAAUGAACACAUAUGUAUCGUACGAGGAAAUACCGAUUUUAGGUUUAAUGGAAUGGUGAAGAAAUUUCGCCAAUUUUUGCGAAGAGAAAUGCAAAAUCACAGACAACAGACUGUACUGGUCACAAGAUUUUCAGUUCAUGCCAACAGACUUCUGCUCAGUCGAAUUGAAAGAGAAUGAUUUAAUCCAUAAAUCUUCUAAUGUUUUUAAAUAA